AUGAUUGAUGAAGAGUUUAUUCCACAAAAAAUUUCAAUACAUGAGAAUGGUUCUAUUGAAUUUUCAGAGAAUACCCGACCACUAAGAGUUUAUGCUGAUGGAGUUUUUGAUUUGUUUCAUAUUGGACACGCAAAACUUUUUAAACAAAUAAAAAAACUUCUUCCAAAUUGUAUAUUGAUCGCUGGAGUUGUUAAAGAUGAGGAUACAUUUAUAAAUAAAGGAUGUUAUCCUAUAAUGAAUCACCAUGAGAGGUGUGAAAUUAUACGUUCUUGCAAGUUUGUUGAUGAAGUCAUUGUGAAUCCACCCUUCAAUCCAACACUACAAUUUGUCAAUGAACAUAAAAUUGACGUUGUUGCUCAUGACAAUUUACCAUACCCAUGUGAAGAAAUUGAAGAUGCUUACAAACCAUUUAAAGACGAAAAUAGAUUUCUACCAACUCAACGUGAAAAAUCUGUCUCGUCUACAGAUAUAGUUAAAAGAAUUUUAGAUCAGCAUGAUUUUCUAGUAAAUAAUAAGAAGUAUCAAAAAAAAUAA